GUCAUGUAACGUGCGCAUCUCUAGGGGGGGAGCUCUCUAACAUUUAUUUACUAAAAUCCAUCCAAAACAUGUUGCAGCGCCUGUCGCGUGGAUUUUUAUCCUUGGGGCGAUAUGGCAGCCGGAUGGCCUCCACGCUGCCCACAAAUCAGGCACAGCCAGGUGAGGAGGUGGAGGUCAGUGCCACGGUGAAGAGGAUUCGCGAGGAAUUAGCCGCCGAUAAGCAGAAACUAAAAUGGAGAUCUCCGAUUGGCGACCGGCCGGAGGACUGGAGCAGCAAGCUGAAACUGUUCUCCAACUCAGAGCAGACCUCCGAUUUCAUUGUGAUGAUGCAGAGACCCAUCGACUUGAGUCCCAGAAACAUGCGGCAGUGGUGGGACAAUCGGAAGGAGCGGAUCGAGCGGCACAUGCAGCAGUUCAUCCCGGAUAGACACAAGAUUCUGGGCGCCGAAUUGGCUGCUGCACAUUUCAUCCUGUUUCGCGGAGGCGCCGCGAAGUUCGUCAGCGACUCCCGCUGGCAUCGGGCCAACGAGGAUGGGGAAUUCAACCUGCCCAACAAGUUUGAUCCCGGUUACAAAGUGGAGGCCUUGCGGUGUGACAACAUGACCCUCUACUACGAGGGAUUGGAGAACCUGCGCUGCCUGGACUCCCUUAAGUUCCUGUCCUUUCACAACGUAAAAACCUUUGAUGACUGGUGUCUGGACAGGAUUUCAGGUGGUGGCUUUCCUCAUCUGGAGGUGCUCGAUCUUUCGGGCACUGAAAUUACCACCAAUGGACUUGCCUGCCUCUAUCGCCUGCCACAGCUUAAACUGCUUAUCCUGGAUGAUCCCAAGGGAACUCUGGAGUUGGAACUGGCCACGGCCAUGUUGGAGGAGUCCAUGCCCACUCUAAAAGUUGUGGGUGCCGAUGUUAUUCACGGCUAAAUUUGUUAAUGUGUAGCUUAGGAUUUUUGAAAUUAAAUUAUAUUAGAAAUGUUUUUACAAAUCUAA